AGAAAGCAAAUGAACAAAGGUCAGAGUAAAUUCAACUUGAAUUCACGUAUUUAGUAAUUAAUGAAAUGAAUAAAAAAAAAUAAAAAAAAAUCUCGCCUGCAGCAAAGGACACAAGUUCUGAUCCUUGAUGCUGCUGAAGAGGAAGUUACUAUCAAGGAAAGGUGAGUCAAAUUCCUGGUGAGACAGGUUAUAUCGUCCACGUCAUUUCCUGCUCGACUCACCAGCUGGCGUAUAUAUGUAUCUGUAGAUACGUACGUUACUUUCAUCGUCGCCUUCUCGCUUUUCUCUGAUAGAGCCACGGAAAGGAACACGAGAAGGCAGGAACAUUUCACUACUGUGACGUCGUGCAACCAACCAUGGAAAAGAUACCGAAAGUAAAGUAAAAAUUAAUAUAGCCUUAACACUAAGAAAAUAAAGAAAAAAGGUCAAAACAAUACAAAUAUGAUCAACUCACCCAAAGCGAGGCGUCAUCACCAUGACCAAGAAGCAGGCCAAGCUCUUGUGUGAGGACACGGAGUGUUGUGUCCGGUGACGAUGAAGCACCACAUUCUCGUCAGGGUGUUGUGCCUCCUGCUACUGGUGGUGCUACUCUCGUGUGUUCCAUUGCUCAUGUUGGAGGCAAAAGUAUCGCCUUCGGGAAGGAGAUUCCUUCAGUCCAGAGAACAGGAGGUGUGGGCACGGCUGGAGGGUCCUUUAGAGGCAGAUGACUCUCAAGUUCUGCUGAUCCUCAAACAAAACUUCCUUGCGCCACCAUCCUCUCUGCCUUAUAACUUCUCGGGUCCAAUGCGACAGAUAGGCAGUCGUGACUUCAGCUGGCCUUGGAUACAUGAACAAUUACUGAGGCUGUUUGGGAAGCAGCGUGGAGGCUUCUUCGUGGAGGCCGGAGCGUUAGACGGUGAAUACUUAUCCAACACACUUUGGCUGGAGCGGCGCCUCGGCUGGACAGGACUGCUGGUGGAACCUGACGAAGAGAGCUACAAAAUGUUAGUUUCAAAGCACCGCCGAGCCUGGACCUCCAACACAUGUCUCUCAAAGGAGAGCUUUCCUAGGAGAACAAUCCUGGUUUCGCGGAGAGUUUUGAAAGGAGCCACGCAUGAGGACUUCUGGUGGGCGUUCCGAGGACAGACGCAUGAGAUGGGUGUAGACUUCCCGAACAAGGAGUCCCUGGACCUUAUGACAGACUCAUGGUAUUCCAAGGUGCAGUGCUUUCCUCUCCUCUCUUACCUCCUCGUUCUCAAUAUCACCACCGUCGACCUCCUUUCACUCGAUGUCCAAGGAACCGAGAAUGCCAUCCUUCACACCUUGCUUGCCUCCUCCCAAGUCUCAGUGAGAGUAAUUGUAGUCGAGGAUGAAAAGAAGACCUUUGACCACGCCUUCAUGGCCUCGCAUGGAUAUGUAUUGGUGGCCUCUGACUUCGAUCAUGUGUAUGUCAAAAAGGGUGAUCCGGCACUCAACAGCGCAGUCACUGCUGCCGUCACCCCCACUGCUGUUAACCACAUCUCCUUUGUUACUGCUACCACUACCACCGCCCAAACAGCAAACUGACGUAAAUAAGACCGGCAAGAAAUGUA